GCGGCAAGAAUGGGCGGAUGGAAGUUGGAAACGGGCCGAUUUUUGUUGCUCAUCACGUUUCCCGUCGGAGCAUUUUGGCUCUUCAAUCAGCCUACGAUUUUUAAGGAAUUUAUGAGAGGCUACCGGAUUCCGGACAGCAGUGCCGGCGACAAGGCGAUGGCUGAGUUCAAGGAGCAACUAUUGGCGACAAAACGAAAGGAGGAGUACGAGAACUUUCUACGGGAGCAAAUGGCGUUCGAGGAGGCCAAGAAGAUUCGCGGCGCCGCCGCCAACAGAAUUUGAAUUUUCUUGUUCUAAAAAAUUAAAUUUUUAGCUUAUUUUUUGUGUGUCGUCCGAUAUUUUGUUAGUGUACAAAAAUACAGUUGUUUUUUCC